AUGUUCAAAGUCAUAUCGUUUGCCACUUUCAUUAUACUGGCAGUUAAUGUGAUUGCGGAGAAUCAUGAAGCCACCAUUAAUGUGCAUCAAGAUGCCUCUAGAAUGCAAGUAAGACCAAUGAAUCAUGCCAACCUACCUCAUAUGGCUGUUCGUCGCGAAACCCCAAAAAGGAAGAAAGGUAGGGUUAAUAAUGGCAUUUCUUCCUUUGUAAAGAAAGUUCUUGCUAUUUUUGGUUUCGUAAAGAAAGUUCUUGCCAUUUCUUGAUUUGUAAAGAAAGUUCUUGCCAUCUCUUGAUUUGUAAAGAAAGUUCUUGUCAUUUUUUGGUUUGUAAAGAAAGUUCUUGCCAUUUCUUGAUUUGUAAAGAAAGUUCUUGCCAUUUUUUGUUCUGUAAAGAAAGUUCUUGCUAUUUUUGGUUUUGUAAAGAAAGUUCUUGCCAUCUCUUGAUUUGUAAAGAAAGUUCUUGCCAUUUUUUGUUCUGUAAAGAAAGUUCUUGCUAUUUUUGGUUUCGUAAAGAAAGUUGUUGCCAUUUCUUGAUUUGUAAAGAAAGUUCUUGCCAUCUCUUGAUUUGUAAAGAAAGUUCUUGCCAUUUUUUGUUCUGUAAAGAAAGUUCUUGCUAUUUUUGGUUUCGUAAAGAAAGUUGUUGCCAUUUCUUGAUUUGUAAAGAAAGUUCUUGCCAUCUCUUGAUUUGUAAAGAAAGUUCUUGCCAUUUUUUGUUCUGUAAAGAAAGUUCUUGCUAUUUUUGGUUUUGUAAAGAAAGUUCUUGCAAUAUAUUGUUCUGUAAAGAAAGUUUUUGCCAUUUUAUGUUCUGUAAAGAAAGUUCUUGUCAUUUUUUGGUUUGUAAAGAAAGUUCUUGCUUUUUUUGGUUUUUAAAAAAAGCUUUUGCCAUUUUAAUUUAAAUGGUUCAGCCGAUAGCAACGUGUGCAGUUUCAACGAUAUGGACUAUAAACUGCAGUUCUUCUUCAAUUCCAAAACGAACCGUGUUCACUUUGACCUGACGUACAGCAACUUCCCUCAACAUUACGACCUUUGGACUGGUGUGGCGUUUGGAAAGUCAAUGGUAAGUUUUACGACUGUCUAAGGCAUUAUUAUGGUAGGAUAUAAUAGAGAAGGGCUUGGUAGGGUGAGGGUAAGAUAAGGAUUCACGAAGCACAGUAUGCCGUCAUACGGUAGAGUUGAGAUUGGUAAGACAUAAAGUAUAGUAGACAAUGUAGAGUAGAAUAUGCGGUAACUUUGCUUAUAUUAGGCCGUUCACAUAAUUCUGCGCCCCGUACCCUACAUAUUUGCUUUGAGAAGGGGCGUAGAACUAAGUGAACAACCAAAUUGUAAAAUUGGCUAUGGCAAGCUAAGGUUACGGUAGGUAAGCUAGAUUAACCUAGGAUAGGGAGGGCAGGGCACGACAGGGUAGGGUAGUAUACAAAAGGGUAUGGUAGGGUAGGUUACGGUAGAAAAAAGUAGUCAGGGUAUGGUAGGGUAGGGUAGGGUAGUUUACGAUAGGGUAUUGUAGGGUAGGUUACGGUAGAAAAAAGUAGUCAGGGUAUGGUAGGAUAGGAUAUGGUAGGGUAGAGUAGGGUAGGGUAGGGUAAGGUAGGGUAGGGUAGUGUAGGGUAGGGUAGGGUAGGGUAGGGUAGGGUAGGGUAGGGUAGGGUAGGGUAAGGUAGGGUAGGGUAAGGUAGGGUAGGGUAGAUUAGGGGUAGGGUAGGGUGUGGUAGGUUAGGGUAGGGUAAGGUAAUAAAAAGCAACUUUCGAUUUGUUGUUACCUAUAAAUAACCUUGAAAUUUGUGGUUUUUGUUGAAUGAUAAACAAUUUUUAUUUACUUUUUGCAAAAUGACCUUGAAAAAACAAUCGAAAUUUACUUCCAAAAAACCUAUUUUGAACUUGUAUAGCCUUUUUAUGGGUUUUAAUUGCAGUGUAACGUCUGAAAAUUUUUGAAUUUUUUUAAAUUUUUUAAUUUUAUUUAACAUGAUAAAACUGAAAAUUAUGGUUUUUUCAAGUUUCGUAAGUUCAAUAAAAUCUGUGACACUUCGUCAAAAAACCAAUAAUUUUUGUGGCAUUUCGUUAAAAGUGUUGAAAACUAUCUUUUAAUAGUAAAUAAUUAACAGUUUUGCGUUGAAAUUGACAAAAAGUUUCUUUACAAUUCGCAGUUCUACACAAAACUUUCAGUUCGGACUGGAUGCUGUGAUAGUACGAGUACUGGGCGGUCGUAUCAUCGUAUCAGACGAAUUUACUCGUGGCUACGGACCAUCGAUGGCUGAUCUAGUACAAGAUGUCAAAAUGGUCGGGGGAUCAAUUCAAAACGGCGUUUUAAGGGUCCAAUUCACAAAACCUGUGGAGACUGGUCAGCAAGGAUACGAUGCUUCGUUGGCUGGAUGUACAACAUGGCAGGUAGGGUUUACUUGGCAAAAACUUUGUUUACAGUACAAAAAAAAUUUUUUUUAAAAUUAUUUUUUUGUAAAAUGGCCAUAAACGACAUAUAAAGUUAAAAAAGGCACUUUAAAGAAAUGGAAGUUGUGUGGAAGAUUUGUAAUGUAAUUUGCACUGAAAAUCUUCCACCAAACUUUCAUUUUUAAAAAUGUCUUAAAAUGCCUUAAAAACGCAUUUUUAUCACUUUUUAAAAUUGGAAGUAACGUGGAAGAUUUCUAAUUUAUUUUGCACUGAAAAACUUCCACUAAACUUCCACUCACCAAAACUCACCAAAACCCAAUAAAAAUCGAAUUUUUAGUUCAUUACUGGUCUAAGCUUAGCAUCACCUAACCAUGUGUCAAAACAUACCCGGUUCCCAAUUCGACAAGAGGUCUGUCUGGACAGAUGUACUCAAUAA